GCUCUCGGAUGGCGAUUUCCAUCUCCUCCGCCGGAAGGUGUGGCGUACUGGAUUCAAAACGCUGGAGUGGCAGAUUUUCAACUCGCAACCUGGCUAAUUUCCUGCUUCUUCUGGCACCAAAAGGAGGGCGAUUCGUCUCCGGGGCAGCCAAAACGACAGCUGUCAAAGUGGAAGGGGCUCCUGCCAGCCAGAACCUAAAGCUAUUCUGAAAGGCAUUCUCUUGGAAAAGGUCUGAGAAGACGCAAAGGAUUUUUGCUGGGGAAAAUGUGUUCAUGUAUAAAGACACAGUCGCUUGGCUGUGCGAUGAAAAUAUAUACUUUCUGGGUGGAGAAUGGAGCACGCAUUGAAAAAUACAUAUGGCAGAUUGUCAUCAUUCAAGCACUCCUGUGCACCGGAAAAUACGUUUCAAAGAAGCAUAAAAUCUGGAAAGAACUCUGUUCGGUGGCUGGGAGCGAGAGGAGGUCUACCAGGAGGGGCCAUUGGAGGAGGAACGUCACGUGACAGAGGGGUGCCAAUGUUAUUCUUUAAGGGUGUCAAGACCCUGUCAGUUUGUGAAAUAAAUAUUGGGAAACAACGAAAUGCAAAAAGCGACCUACUACGACAGCUCUGCGAUCUAUGGCGGCUAUCCCUACCAAGGAGCAAAUGGUUUCGCUUACAAUGCUAGUCAGCAGCAAUAUCCUCCGCCUCCUGCUUCGUCGCUGGUGGAAACAGAGUACCACCGACCUGCUUGCUCUUUACAGUCCCCCGGCGGCAGCUCUGGGCCCCACCAUAAGGCCAAUGAAAUCAAUGAGAGCUGUAUGAGGACCAUCAGCGGCCAGCCCCUCCAGCCCCCGGUCCUCCCAGAGCAACCCCAGCAGCCGCCUCCCAGCCAACAGGCACCCCCUCCGCCGCCCCCCUCCGUAUCGCCACCCCCAAAUGCCAGCGCCAAUGCCACCUCCGCCAACGCCACCAAGAGCUCCAUCAUGAACUCGCCCACCAUGUCCAAGCAGAUAUUCCCCUGGAUGAAAGAGUCUCGACAAAACACAAAGCAGAAAAACAGCGGUUCCAGUUCAGGUGAGAGUUGCGCUGGCGACAAAAGCCCCCCUGGGCAAGCUUCCUCUAAGAGAGCCCGCACGGCUUACACAAGUGCCCAGCUGGUAGAACUGGAAAAGGAAUUUCACUUCAAUAGAUACCUUUGCAGGCCAAGAAGGGUAGAGAUGGCUAACUUGCUCAACCUCACAGAAAGACAGAUCAAAAUAUGGUUUCAGAACCGCAGGAUGAAAUACAAAAAGGAUCAGAAGGGGAAAGGUAUGAUGACCUCCUCUGGAGGACAGUCCCCCAGCAGAAGUCCUGUCCCACCGGCAACUGGAGGAUAUCUGAACUCUAUGCAUUCCCUAGUGAACAGUGUUCCCUACGAGCCCCAGUCGCCUCCGUCCUUCAGCAAGCCUCAUCAGAACGCCUACGGCAUCCCGACGUCAUAUCCUGCUCCUCUCAAUAACUGCCCGCCUGCUCAAAAGAGAUACUCUGGAACUGCAGCAGUGACGCCUGAAUAUGACCCUCAUCCUCUUCAAGGCAAUGGCUAUGGCAAUCCACAUAUACAGGGAAGCCCCGUCUAUGUUGGGGGCAAUUAUGUGGAUACCAUGGCGAAUUCUGGGCCUUCCAUCUUUGGUCUGACUCACCUCCCUCAUCCUUCUUCCGCCAAUAUGGACUUCGGCGGGCCGAUGGGCAACAAUCAUCACCAUGGACCUUGUGAUCCACACCCGACCUACACAGAUCUUACUUCUCACCAUCCUUCUCAGGGAAGAAUUCAGGAAGCUCCCAAACUCACCCAUCUGUAAUAUACCAUCAUCAGUUACUAUGUGAAUCAUAAAUUAAAUCCCUCUCCCCUCUUUUU